UAGAAAAAGGAGAAAUACGAGUAAUUUGUGAAGUAUUGUAAGGCUUCCCUUUUGUUGUUUUGCUAUAAAUAUAAAGCACGUUUCGCCAGAGAGCCGAAACUGGAAAAGGUGGUCUCUUUUGCUUUCCUUCUCCCCACGCAGCAGCCUCCCCUCCGAGCCUCCCCUCCUGACCUGCCCCCCUGACACUGCGAGGUCGUACUGAGGUGGCUCGCUCCACUGGCGUUCCACUGAGACGGGCGGCUUUGUUUUUGCUUUCGAGGAUCGCCGUCUUCGGCCGUCGCUUUUCGCACCCGCUGCUGCAGAUUGGUGGCUCAUUUAAUUCUCGUUCGCAUACCCGAGCGACAAAGGAGAGGCAGCCUGCCUUGGAGCCGCGGGGAAGAAGCUCGCACAAUUAUUUCGAGCAUUCAAGUCUCGCUGCCCCCUCCUUCCCUCCCUCUCGCUUCGGCCGUGCUGAUACGGACAGCUGCUCUCUACAUAGAAAUCCACGAGAGCUCUUCAACAGCGGACUCGAGUCUGAGUUGAUUCUGUUCGGUUCCUCUCCGUUUUCGAACUAAGAGACCUGUCGAAACCCAAAGGAUCGAAGCGCGAACUUUCGUAGAGGGGCAACGGAAACGAAGACGCGCGGAAACGCACGCACAAUGUUGGGUCAGAAGCAAGCAGAAGAAGCCAUCGUGGCCUCCAACCUGAGCGAGUCGACGGAGCAUGACGCCGUCAAGCUGGAGGAAGACGGCGGCGCCGAGAAGCAGCUGGGCGACCGCUCCCCCGGCUCCUCCAUCUUCAACGUCAAGAGUAUCCUCUGGCACGGCGGAUCCGCCUGGGACGCCUGGUUCAGCUGCGCCUCUAAUCAGGUGGCGCAAGUGCUGCUGACGCUGCCGUACUCGUUCUCGCAGCUGGGGAUCCUGUCGGGGAUACUGUUCCAGAUAUUCUACGGGCUCAUGGGAAGCUGGACGGCCUACCUCAUCAGUGUCCUCUACAUCGAGUACCGAACCCGCAAGGAGAAAGAGAAUGUCAGCUUCAAGAACCAUGUCAUUCAGUGGUUCGAAGUGCUGGAUGGAUUACUGGGUCCUUACUGGAAAGCGGUGGGACUCGCCUUCAACUGUACUUUCCUCCUGUUCGGUUCCGUUAUUCAGCUCAUCGCCUGUGCCAGCAACAUAUACUACAUCAACGAUCAUCUGGACAAGCGGACGUGGACCUACAUCUUCGGCGCCUGCUGCGCCACCACCGUCUUCAUCCCUUCCUUCCACAACUACCGGAUUUGGUCAUUCCUCGGCCUCGGCAUGACCACCUACACCGCCUGGUACCUCACCAUCGCCGCCGUCCUCCACGGCCAGGAGAAGGGGGUGAUGCACACGGCGCCGUCGAAGCUGGUGCUCUACUUCACCGGAGCCACCAACGUACUCUACACCUUCGGCGGACAUGCUGUCACUGUGGAGAUCAUGCAUGCAAUGUGGAAGCCCCAGAAGUUUAAGUACAUAUAUCUGAUCGCCACGCUCUACGUCUUCACGCUUACCAUUCCGUCGGCCACCGCCGUCUACUGGGCCUUCGGCGACCGGCUCCUCGACCACUCCAACGCCUUCGCUCUCCUGCCGAAGACCGGGUUCCGCGACGCCGCCGUCAUCCUAAUGCUCAUUCAUCAGUUCAUCACGUUCGGGUUCGCGUGCACGCCGCUCUACUUCGUGUGGGAGAAAGUGAUCGGGAUGCACGACACGAAGAGCUUAUGCCUGAGGGCGCUCGCCCGGCUGCCGGUGGUCAUACCCAUCUGGUUCCUGGCCAUCAUCUUCCCCUUCUUCGGCCCCAUCAACUCCGCCGUCGGCGCCCUCCUGGUCAGCUUCACCGUCUACAUCAUCCCCUCCCUCGCCCACAUGCUCACCUUCCGAACGGCCUCCGCUCGCCAGAAUGCGGUGGAGAAGCCGCCCUUCUUCCUGCCGAGCUGGACUGCGAUGUACGUGUUCAAUGCCUUCGUGGUCGGGUGGGUCCUCGUCGUGGGAUUCGGGUUCGGCGGGUGGGCCAGCAUGAGCAACUUCGUCAGGCAGGUCGACACGUUUGGGCUCUUCGCCAAGUGCUACCAGUGCAAGCCUCCUGCGCCCCCCGCAGCGGCGGGGGCGGCCGCAACCCACCAUCGCUGAGCCCGCCUCGCCUCACCUCGCCUCGCCUCCGCCGGAGUUAGUGGCCUCGAUUUCUCUUCAGUCCCCGCGAGUCCAUAGAUUGUAAUAUACAUGGGGAGGUAGCAAUUCUUCCCUACGUUGUGUGUGUGGUUGAGUAGUCUGCUUCUUCUUCUUUUUUGCGCUUUUCUAAUGGCGUUUCCAUUUAUUUUUUAUUUGUUAAUUUAGGUGGUAAUAUAUAGAGAGAGAGAGAGUGUGUGCUGAAUGAUGGAGAUUCCUUUUGGUAUUAAUUUAAAAAUUUAGAUAAUAGUCUUCAAUUUGGG